AUGGCAUCCUCAAGCCAGUCUCAGACAUUCCGUUCUCUUGGAGAAUCAUGGGCGAGCUGGUCUCCAGAAGACGCAGAUCAGUUGACCUGUAUUGAUAGUGACGAUGAAAUCUAUUCCGAGAUGGAUUUUCCAUCAUCCAACCCUUCAACUGGGCCAGAUAACAGUAGCCAGUUGCAGCCAUCUCAUUUCCUUCAGGAUGCAUCCAUAGUAUCAUCACCUGGCCCAGAGCUAAUUAUGCCAUCCAUACACGAGGAAUAUUCUCCAGAUGGCUCAUCGUUUGUCCGUCAUCCAUCUACCCAGGCGGCUAAUCCUCCAGGUCCAGGGAUCCGACUCACUCAGGUGCCAGCAAAAUCUCCUCACAAUAAUGUAACGAGAAGUAUCCAGGCUCUACCAAGCAGAAGACCGUCCUCUAAUAUCACAGACCGCUUAGGGAGCCGCGAAUAUUCUAGAAAGCCCCUAUUGGCGGGGAUAUUGCUGCUCUGCGCGCUAUAUUUGGUGACGACGUUACUUUCUCCCAGCAUGACAGAAUCCCCAUCUGCAACAAAGUCAGGGCCAGAGACGUCUUACCGAUCAAAACUACCGCACCGGUAUCAGCUUAUUUUAGAUUCUCGCGCUAGACUUGGUCAACUACUCCACCCAUCGAACGAAGCUGCUUCUCUGCUUCCCGUGCUUCUAAAGGAGAGCGAGUCAGAAGUUGUUGAACUUUGUGGCUUGUUGGCAGAUGACAUGGGCUCAAAACUUGAACUAGAAUUCGAAUGCAACAAUGCUUUGGUUGUAAUUCGCCAGGCUAGAGAGCUGAUUGAAUCUCUCUUCUGGCAUGGGUCAGUUGCCUUGGACGAUAUUGACAGGGAACUUGCGCGGAUAAAGAGACUACUGGUUCAUUCUCCCAAGAACGAACUUGACAGUUUGAGUGACCGGUUUAUGGCGACACUAAACCUACAUUUUUUCAAGCGACCGAUCCCAAGACAACCAAUUUCGGAAGCUUGGUGGAGGGAGGCAGAAGCCACAUUUGCACUUGCGGUCAGCAAACAGCUUAAACAAAUUGCCUACGUACGAGAGCUCCUAAGUUUGUUCCACACCCGCUUGCAGCCGAUCGGGAAAAUCGUUUCGAACCCCCGGUCUGAAGAGGAAGCUACCUUAUGCGGGUCUCACUCUCCUAGCGGUGAAAAGGUUCCUUCGUUAGCGUCGUUUCUUAAAAAUGUUAGAUGCGCCGUUGAAGGAUCGUUAGCAUUAUUGCUGCCAUUCAGCCCUAAACGCCGUAGACCGGCAAACGACAUUAACGGAGUCGUAAAGCGGAAUAUUUGGUCAAAGCUAAGGCAUGCCGAUGAGAAACAGCGAACAGCCGCGAUCGUUGCAAGCACUUUGGUUAGUCAGCUAAGGGACCUGCAAGGGGAUUAG